UUUGAUCAUAAACUCUAAAAUAUUGUAGAUACUACAAACAGAAUGGUUACAUCAAAUGGAACAGAAGACAGGGAGGUAAAAAGUAACUCCACCAUUCCAACUGGUCCAUAUUUCAGUAGUAGUGCAGAUACAGUUAUCGGUUACAUCUACUUCUUCAUUUGCAUUGUCGGGACGGUAUUUAACUUCAUGAUGCUGGUGGUAAUUGUGAUGAAGUUCCUCAAAAAGAAGUUCAACCCUACCUCUAUCAUUAUGUUACAGUUAUGUGUCAUUGACCUGAUAGGGUGCUCCAUCCAGGCCCCUGUCGUCAGCUACGCUUUGGUGAAAGGAAGGGAGUUUGGGAUAGAGAACCAGCAAGCCUUCACAGUGUUUUGUGAUAUCAUCGGGUAUUUGUCCACCCUCCUUCCCCUCCUCUCAAUCUACCUCACCUCCAACCUCUGCUUCAUUCGGUUUAUUGGUGUGUACUACGUGUUCAGCAGUAGGAGAAUAAUGACGAUCAACAAGGCUUUGAUACUUAGCUUUGUCUCCUGGACUAUUCCCGUACUUAUCUCCGCUCUUCCUUUCUACGACAACUUCCACUUCGUGUACUACAAAGCAGUUGGAGCCUUCUACAUGCUGAUAGACUACAACCAGUACUCUUACCCCAAGCUUAUCAAACUGUUCAUCAACAUGUCCAUCACCAUCCCAUUCCUGGUCACUGUGGUUUGCUGUUCUCUUGUCGUCCUUAAACUCAGGAAUAACACCCGAGAACAGGAGCAGUUUCAGAGGACAUCAGUCACAAAUAACGAGCACAUGACGGUUAACGAGCGACUCAGAGAACACAGCAGAUCUGCCAGUACCUCAACAUCCCGCCUCUCCGUCUCCCGGGAAAACUCCCACGAUCCCAAACGGGAAAACUCCCGGGAAUCUAACAGUACUUCUGCCAAGUCCGCAUCAAUAAACCUACUGCGGGAGAACUCCCAGUUCUGGUUGAGGAAGAUCUCUGUGACGCUAGUGCCGCCAAGUCCCCGAUCUAUGGCUAUGUCUCACGCGGACGAGCUCCACGCCAGACCCUCUCGGCAGAUGUCCCAGCUUCGUGACACGGACAGUUCCCGGCGAGCGAGCAUCACCAUCACCAUAAUCACCCUCGCAUUUAUCAUCAGUUACGGUCCUUACAUGAUCCUGUGGCUCUACAGUCUCAUCACUUUCGAGUUGGAGCUGGCCAGCCCUAUUAUCGACUACAACCACAAGAGCUGGCACGUGUAUCUCUACGUGUAUCUGGUCAGUACCACAGUCCUCAGUACCUUCAACUCCAGCAUCUUCCCUCUCAUCUACUUCGUGAGGAUCAAAGGCAGGAUGUUGGGCAGAGUCUGGGAUUCUAUCAAGGGCAGAUGGGCUCUCCUCGUUGAGAAGUCGGACAAUAAAUACCAUAGAUACUUCCAGAUGGAGCUGCAGCGAAACAAAGUUCGUAACGGUAAAUGUAAUGGUGCGCCCAGUCCGGUGUAAAACAGUAAGACAUUAGUUACAGUGAACGAUCUACAGAUCAACAUUAACUAUUUGAUCAUUGAUUUUCAACAUGUACUUAAUAAUCUAAAGACUUUGCUGUUUGUGGAGCCGGGAGAUGUAAGUGGAGCUUCCCGGUUCCAGCAGGAACGGGUUCCGGGUAAGGAUAUGCAUAUCCCGCAACAUGUGCCACAUUCUAUAAAAUUGGACAAACGUGUGCCACAUAUCCGAAAAUGUGCCUCAUUCACAAAAUGUGCCUCAUUUCAGAAAAUCUUUCACAAUCUCAUACAUUAUUAGGUGUUGGUCGCAUAUUACGUAAUCACUUUUUAAAGCUUCACUUUUUGGGCAAUUCUUAGGUUUAACCUCCUCAUCCUCCGUAAUCUGCAGUUUUACGCAUGGCUAUUGUGUUAAAAUUACAAUUGCGUAAUCAUUUAUAUUAUUAUUAUAUAUUAGAAAUCCCCUGCCUCCCCCUCACUGAUUACGUAAUAUGUCAAUAUGAACGACCCCUUAUCUCACCUUGUGUGCCUCAUUUCUGCUAAUCCUUUCAGAAAAUCACGUCAUACAUCCUUUAAAAAUGUGCUACUCAUCACAAAAUAUGUCACAUCACAAUAUGUGCUUCAUUUUAGAAAAUCUUACGCAAUAUCAUUCAUCCUUACGUUUACCUAGUAUUAUAGUGUAUGCUAAAUUUCACACUGGCUUUUUAUAACAUCACAUGUUGAUUUGUAAGCAAAAUGGCACAGGUCCUCACUUUCUUACAAAAGCAUUGUAUUGCUUUUAAUUUGUAACAUAAUUUAGCUUGUCAAACUGAUUUUCAAGCCAACAAAAGACAUUGAACUUUGAAGGAAAUAGUUGUUAAAUAGGAAGAUAGGAAGAUAUGUGUAUAUUGAUGAGUUGCGAUUCAGUUGAUCACUCAACUAACAUUCAUUCAGCGGGACUCGGGAUAGAUGUUUUUAAGGUUCAGAAAGAAAAGAAGAUGAAAUUAUAAUGGGCUGAGUGGUCAACUUUUAGAUAGGAUUGGAUUUUAGAUGAGACGUUAUGGACUUUCCUGACUAGUUUCCUUCUUUAUAUUUGUGUUAAUUAUUGCUGUGAUCUUUAUCUAGGUUUGGAUUCCUUAUUUAGAGACUCUAUUAAUGUUAGCAUCAAUAAUUGACAGAUGUGGAGAAAUGUGUGACUUUGAGAGAAACCCAACUGAACUCCAAAAAUGACAUUAUUUUGUCAUUUCCACUCUGCCGUUUAUUGGUGCUGUGUAUUUAAAAUUUGAAUGUUGCUAUGUAUUUGCCAAUUUGUACUGGGCACAAAUUUUACUUUUUUCAAAAUGAGCAUGAUACUUUCCAUGAAAUGUCCCUGAAUCGACAAAAUGAUAGAGAAGUAUAUAGACCAAGAAUGUUUAUUGAUAAAUUACAGCUGUUUACAUUUAAUGAAAUAAUUCAAAACAAAUUAACAUUGCCCGCAAUAUUAUUAUUCAACCAAAAACUGUUAGCAUGCUCCACGGUGUACUUUUGCCACAGAUUUUAAUUACUUUGAAAGAUUUUAAUUACUUUAUGGUGCCCAUAAAGUUUGAGAAAUUGAAUUGGAUGUUUAUGAUAGAGCAGCCAUAAAAAUAGAAUAUGCUUAAUGGCUGAAAAUGUUAUAGCGGAGUGAGGUUGCUGUCAUAAAAAUAGGUUUUAUUUGAUAUGGGCACCGAUUCCCUACAAUAUCAACAUAAAUCGAUUGAGAAUUUAACUGUAAAUCUUAUAAAUUUGUUUCAA